UUUUUUUUUUAUUUGUUUUUCUCUUAUUAUUUUAUACAAUAAUAAUAAAAAAAACAACAACAAAAAAUGAAGUUUAACAAAAUUAUUAUUGCAGUCUCUAUGCUUAUUGUUGGUGCUAUGGCACAAGAGUCCUUUAAUUUAUCUUCUAUUAAUGGCACAUGGUAUAUUGCUGGUAUGGCAACCUCUAUGUUAUUCAAGUAUGAUAUUAUAUCUCAACUUUAUAAUAUGAGUGUUAGUUGCCCUCAAAUAUAUAUUUCUGGUAACAACACGAAUACUGUAUACAUUCAACCUUCUUUUGAAUUUGGAUGGUACAAUAUGACAAGCAAGGCCUCUGAGAGUGCUAAUAUUACCUUGAGUGGCCUCAUGACUCUUGAGAAUGGUUCCUCUCCUACCGAUGCCAAUUUUACUGCUCUGUUCUCUAUCCCUUCUUCUUCUUCUUCUUCUAAAGGUCGUACGACUAACCACCUCGAGAUGCUCAAUACGGUAUGGAAAAGUGGUAACUCUAGUAAUCCUUUACCUCAUGGUCCCGAUUUCAGAGGCAAUAUUAACUUCAAGCUAUCUAAUCAAACAAAUGGCAACUAUAGUACCAUCUUAUGUUCAGCUUCAAACUUUUCCUUUGUCACAAAUAAACCCAGUAAUGGCAGCAAUCACUUCUUUGUUCCUCGUGCUAUAAAUGAACAAACUGUCGGUCAAGUACUCCUUGUUAAUAGUUCUGAUGCUCUUAAUACUCUUAACGAUACUGCUUUCCAAAAUAUCAUUACUACAUAUGGUAGUGAGAUUGGUAAUUUUACUCGUUUGAAUAAUACUUGUAAUGCUACUGCUCAUUAAAGAGGUGGAAGGGAACGUUAACUAUCCCAACCUAGUAUUUAGUGAUUGAAUAUGUCUUUUUUUUUUUUCUUUUAUAUAUAUUGUUAUUAUUAAUAAUAAAAAUUUUUAAAGAUAUUUUACAUAAUGUUUCAUAUUAAAAGAACAUAAUUAAUAAAAUUGCUUUUAUAUACAAGUAUCAUCAUU